UGCUGCAGAUGCAGAGUGCAGAGGAUUUCAGCUCGGCUCCUUCAGCGCUUCUCCAGAGCGCAGCAGCAGCAGCGAAACGCGCGACUGGAGCCCAACAGCCCGCGGCUACAAUCAACCUUCCGCCUCUGGAGCUCACGCUAGAGGACACGGCUUUCUCUGAACCAGGAGCAGCUACGAGACAUUUGUUUAGGUUUGUUUUAUAAAGAUCUUCAGGAUCAGAAGGCUUUUGCGCUGACAGGGAGGAGAAAGUCCAAGCAGCCAGCCAUGAGUCUCCAUCAUCCGUCCACCACGUACCCUCAUCGCCACGUCUGACCAAAUCCUAUUUUUAGCAAACCGAAGAUGUCAGCGUGCAGUGACUUUGCAGAACACGUGUGGAAACCCGGCUCUUGCAAGAACUGCUUCCACCCGCUCAGCGCGCACAAGAAGGUCAGCAUCCUGGACGAAGGCGUACCAGCAGCUUGUUUGAGGAGCAGCCUGGGAGGCGAUGAAGAAGCUGGACUGACCGCGCCUUCGCCCUACAGCAAGCCAACCAUCGCUGUCAAACCCACUAUGAUGAGCCUUGACUCCAGUGAGCCAAAAGACAUGAACAUGAAUAUAGAGCAGCAGGAGAAUACAAAGAGCCCAACUGAGCGGAUGGGCUUGAAGAAGCUCUUAAACAUGUCUCCGCUUUACAUCGAUAACAACGGUUGUAACAAGGCUCACAGAGACACGUUACUUCAAAGUCCUGAUGCCAAGAUUGACUACAACAAUUGCCUUUCCUUGUCUCCCAGCAUCCAGCCAAAAGACUCCAUGAUCAUAAGCAAUAUCUUAGUCUGCAACGAGGGCAGUAGAGGCUGUCAGAGUUUAAAGAAAAAUACAAAUGAGGACUCGUGCUGGCAGCAGAAUAACGUGGCUCCUAUUAGGAACAAGAGUACACAUAAUGGAAGUGGUGUGACAACCAGGACUAAUUUUAAGGAGUCCCGUGGAGCAUCUGUGGAUAUUCCUUUGUCAGUGGAUAUUGUCCCUUCAAAUCCUGCCACAGUUCAUUGUAAUGGUUUGAGCAGUAACGUUGCCACUGGGAUAACAAAGACAUCCAGCCCUUCUCCCGUUUCCCACACCACAGUUUCAAAUGUGGACGUUUCUUGCCUCAGUAGCCAAACAUCCCUCAACUCUGGCCCUGUUCUGUCUAAAGAAAGCAGCUUAUCGGACUCCCAUUCUUCUUAUCGUAGCAGUACAGAUUCACUUCCUGGGCCUGAAGGGUCAGUGGGAAGACUGGGGGUGUCAUGUAGUCCCCAAAGCCCACUGUCCAUGGGUAGUCCAGAGUCAACUCCCAGCUCUCCCAAUGUACAAGCGGACUCAGAGCCAAUAUAUGCUGAGAGCACUAAGAAAAAGCCCAAGUCAGGGACUGGACAUCAAUCUUGUCCCGAAUCGCCAAAUCAAACAAGGUUAUCCCAGUGCACCAAGUUUGAACGGGCCACCAUCACUGUAAUGGCUACGCAUGCAGAGAAGAACAACAGGACUUUCUACCUAAGCAGCCCAGAUUCCUCCAUCGGCACUCAGUGCACCUUCAGCCCAACAUCAUGCAAAGAUCCCAGCAGUCCAGCUUUCCGUUGGCCCAGCCCCAGUCGCAGUGCACCUUGUCUAAGCAGGGAAGCUUCCCUACCCCCUAGCUUUCAACCCAAGCCCCAAUCAAGCCCACCCAUCCCUCCAAAGAGAAGCUCUCGUUCCCCUAAGCUGGGUACCUCCAGCUUAUCUCCAUCAAUGUCUUCUCCAGUCCCUCUUCCCGAAUUUCCUAAACUGGGAGCCUCUAGCCUCUCAACAUCUAUGUCCUCCCCUGUCCCGCUCCCGGAACUUCCCAUGUUUUUCCUCGUUUCUUCGAGAGAGGGCCAGUUCAGUGUCCCAACAGACAACCAGAGUACGCCAUCCGAGCGCCCCCACAAGCCCCUCCACCACAGUUCUGGUUGGAGCUGCCGCAUUGAUGAAGAAGAGGAGGAGGAAGAAAAGGAGCGAAAAGGAAUGGAGAAGAAAAGGGUAGGUGCCAGCUUUGGGACAGCCUCCUCGAUGACAGGCCUGGUCAAUGGAGCUGCUGUCUGGAAGGAGGCCAGAGACUACAAUGUCCACAGCAGCCCCCCUCCAAUGAUGGAGCCAGGCACGGCCCCCCCAGCUGCCCCCAACAAUGGUGCCUGUCAGGAGGAGGCUGAGGGCACCGGCACAGAGGAGGAGGGCAAGCAUAACGAGAGCAUGCCGGCAAAGCUAACGCUGCACGGUGGUUCAUCAGAGCUGCAGACAGCAGGGAGAGGAGCUGUCAAAAAUGACCCCAAUCCACCACCUCCCCCACCUAAAAAACUCCACAGAGUGAGCGCUAAGAUAAGCGACUGCAGCAUGGAGCUGAUCGGCUGCAGCCAACCAGGGUCAGCAGAAAGUCGAGCACCAUCCCAGCGCAGUCUGGGCGGCACCGGCCUCCCGGCUGCAACCACCGACAACCUGACCGCUGACACCGGUUCUCGGGAUGCGACCCGGAGGUCUUGUUUGUCUCCUCUUCCCAGAACUGUAUCAGCUCCUGGUUCUCCUCACUCGUUCUCCUUCAACAAUUUGAGCACCCAGCCUCCUCCUCUCCCAGAGAAGAAGAUGGUCAACCGCACCGUGUCAGCUCCUGAUAGUGCCAAUGGGAAACCCGUCAUCCGGGCGUACCCGCGCCUCCCGUUCACCGGCUCUGAGAGCAACGUGUGCCACUCGGCCGAGGUCAGCUCCCGCGCCAGCUUGCCGGCUAGUCCCGUUGACCCAAGACCUGUUUUCUCCUCCAACGAAUCUCUGGAGCGCUGCCACACCCCGCUAGGCCGACCCUCGAGGUCCAGGACGCUGGAUGAGCCGCUGAAGAUCCAGGGUCGCCUGGGAGUUCACUGUCGAACCAGCAUCACCAUCGCCUCUUCCCCUCAGCUCAGCGCACCCCUAUCAGCCUCGGAUUUGGGUUCUGCACCCAACCUGGGCUCCAGCCUGCAGCUUCAGACUCUUCUGAGUAACAUCGACAGCAGAGAAGGAGUGUACUCCAAACUGGGCGGCCUGUACGCCGAGUCUCUGCGACGCUUGGCUUUAAAAUGCGAGGACCACUUCACUCGCCUGCAGAAGAAUCCGCUCAGGUUUGACGAGAGCAACUGGUCCCUGUUCAGGCUGACAUCCAACAAACCGAGCUGCAACGCUGGAGACGCCGUGUACUACUCUGCUGCCUGCGCCUCAGACCCCAGCAACUCCUACGCUGUGAAGAUCUGUAAGAGUCCGUCCAUGGAGGCCAAGCAGGGUCAUCUCUACGGCCUGUCAGUGCAGCAGAGCAUCCCCCCUCACUUCAACCUUCAGCAGGACUGUGGCCAUUUCCUUGCCUGUGUUCCCCAGAGCAUGCUGCCUUCAGACGAAGGUCCUCCAUCAUUGCCUCAUCCUCCUGCGUCCGCUCAGACGGACCAGGAGAGAGUGGUGUUCAUCACACCUGAGAUUCCCUAUCAGACGGCUGCAGACUUUGUGCGGGAGUGGGAGGUAUUCCAUAAAACCCAGCCAGAGAUCUACGAGCGUCGCGUCUGCUUCCUCCUGCUGCAGCUCUGCAACGGCCUGGAGCACCUGAAGGAGCACGGGGUCACACACCGCGACCUGUGCUUGGAGAACCUGCUGUUGGUGCCUCAUCAGCACCGGUCCUCCCACGUGACCCAACCGGCCGCAGACGCAUGCAACGGUGUGGCUGGAGGAGACGUUCAGCGCCACCUUCCUCGCCUCCUCAUCAGCAAUUUUGCCAAGGCCAAGCGGCGCUCCUCUGAGGACGCCGCUGUGACAUGUGGCGACCCCAGGGUCAAACGUGACCAUGCAAGACUGGCACCGGAGAUCGUCUCGGCAGCUCAGUACCGUAAAUUCGACGAGUUCCAGGCGGGCAUCUUGAUCUACGAGCUCCUCCACCAGCCCAACCCGUUCGAAGUGAGUCCAGCGCUGAGGGAGCAGGACUAUCGGUGCGAGGACUUGCCCCCGGUCCCCUCCGUCUCCCUGUACUCAUUGGGCCUCCAGAAGCUCGCGCAGCUCCUUCUCCAACCCGACCCCAUCAAGCGCAUCCACAUCCAGGAGGCCAAGCGCAUACUGCAGAGUCUGCUCUGGGGCCCGAGGAGGGAGCUCAUGGAGCAGCAGUGGGAGAGACGCAGGCAAGGGGGGGGACUUGUGGACGGGUCCAGAAACGAGAGCCUGCUCAACUGGCUGGACGUGAAAAGGGCCCUGCUGAUGAUGAAGUUUGCCGAGCGCUCGCUGGAGCCGGAGAGGAACGCCGAGCUGGAGGACUGGCUGUGCUGCCAGUACUUCUCGUCGGCUCACCCCCUGUCGCUCUGCCACACGGCCGAACUGCUCUUCUCACUCAAGUGACCAUCAGGUCAAGUGUGUGUGUAUGUGUGUGUGGACACUCUGGGCUGGUCCAGAUGCUGUGGAGGAAGUGUGAACCUGCUGAUGUUACUGUUUUGGAUCUUCACGAGCACAGGAAACAAAACCUCCUGUCUCGCCAUAAAACGGGGACAAAAUCCUAAAACCUCGACUCACCCUGAAGCUGUGAGACUGAGGAGAAAUAGGAUCAACUCGCUAAGCGUCCGACACUGUCGUGUAUUUAUUAAAGACACUGAGGGAUCAUUCAUAGCGUUUGUCCAUCUGCACAUAAAGCCAUGUGUCUAUGUGUGGCUAACUUUGUAACUAAUGAUAAUACGAGAAUGUUUGAAGACUUUUCUAACAUCGAGUCGCAGGAGUGUAAGUCUGUACUGUGAAACAACUCAAACGGUUGAAAUCUUCAAACAAAUCCUGAGAAUCUUUCUUCCUGUGUGGGGAUCGAUUCACCGGCCGGAACGAUCAAGAUUAAAUAAAAGUGUUAACGAAUGA